AUGAGCACAGAUCCAGAAUCCUCUGGGGCCUCCAGCCAGGAAACCAUGGGCAUGAUGAGAGCAGAGCAGACUGCAAGCACCAGAGAGACCCCCCUCCCCUCACACGACUUCCCUCCGUGGGACUUCUCCCCAUUGUGGGGGCUGGGCACUGAUCUCCGUGUCUCUCUUGCAGUGGUUGGGCGUGUGGACUUUGAGGACUUUGUGGAGAUGAUGGGGCCGAAGCUGCGUGAGGAGACGGCCCAUAUGGUGGGGGUGCGUGAGCUCAAGAUUGCCUUCCGUGAGUUGGACAGGAACGGGAACAGGGAGAUCAGCAGCACGGAGCUGAAGGACACCCUCCUGGCCCUGCUGGGGGAGCAGGUCCCGCUGCCAGAGGUGGAGGAGAUCCUGUGCGAUGUUGACCUCAAUGGGGACGUCCAUGUGGACUUUGACGAGUUUGUGAUGAUGUUGUCCUCCCGCUAA